GUUUGCUGCAGGGUGUAACUUGACACUGUAACUCUUUCAGUUUUAUUCUUACCCCUUAUUGCCUUCAAAUUAAAUUCAUUCUGUGUGCAAGAUCCAUGACAACCAGUCAGACAUCCUCAUGUAUCAAGUGUAAUAAGUGGAGGUUUCUGAUGUCUCGUCUAUGAUAACGGCACUAAAUCAAUGAGGGCUUGCUGACAAGUUUACAUUAAAGGAUUAACAGCUGAUCCCAAAUGGUCCUUGUAAAAGGGAUUAUGAUGAUCCUAUGGUUAUUACUGGUCUCACUGUUCUGCAAGAGCACGCAAGAUGGAAAUGGCCAAGAAAGUGGUGUCCUGCAUUGUGGAUCUCAGAAUCUGAAACUAACCAGCUCCGGUCAGAUGAUCCUGUUAACAUGGGAAGACACGCCUUUGUGCUCUGCAGUACAGGAUGUGCUGAUCUAUGAGCUGGAGGUUCUCAUAGCAGACAACAAAGAACAUUAUGAUGAAGUUGCUGUGACGCCUGACCAGAUAGGAUCUACUCACUCCUGGAACUGGACGUCAUAUUUGGCAUUGGAGUGUACUUCCCAUUCAGUGAGGCUCAGGUCCCGAUACAAAAACUAUACAAGCCCAUGGAAUCAAGAGACUCUUCCUGGGCUUGAAACAUCAAGAGCAGAGGUUUAUCCAAAGGACAAGCACUUCAAGGUUGGCAGUACAGUCACCUUCUGCUGCGUUCUGCCUGCUGGGGUAGUUUUUGGCAAAAUGUAUCUGUAUGGGUAUAGUAGCGCUGAUAUGAACACUACCAGGAUCAGCAAUCAGACCUAUGCCUUGACCGUCCACCUGAACCAGGCAUCAAGCAACAGUUGCACUAAUGUAAUAUGUGAACUGUAUCCUUCUGUUGAAAAUGGGGCUUGUGCUUAUAUUGGCUACCCACCUAUUGUCACGGACCUUCAAUGUGAAACCCGAGAUCUGCAAUCAGUCGAAUGCCACUGGACUUAUAAAGACUCAAGCCUACCCUUUAAGAGUCCAACAGAAUAUCAUCUACUUGAAAGUCCGACAAUCUGUGCAAAGUCGCCUGAGACGAGUUGCUCUCAAACAGUGCAAGUCGAUGCUCGCGAGAGAAACUGGACGUUAACAGCAAGUAAUUCUUUGGGCGAAGUGAAGCUUUCCGACACUGCAGACCUGACUAAAAGAGUGCACAUGUACCCUCCAGAGGGAGUGACAGCUUUGAGUGUGAAUGCCAGAAAUGUCAGUCUGGAGUGGAAGUGGACGGUGCAGCAGUACUAUAAUCUCAGUUUGAUAUGCCAAGUGAACAUUAAUAACCACGGUGAAAACACCAUAAGUGAACACUUUGGAGUUGGUCUUAACUUUGCAGUUUUGAAUGACCUAAUACCAAAUUGGACAUAUAAUGUGGAAAUACGAUGCAGAACAGCACAACAUUUCUGGAAAUGGAGCACCUGGAGCACAAAUGUCAACUUCCAUACAAAGGGUGAUGUUCCAGAUGCUCUUGAUGUGUGGAUGCAGGUGAUGGACAACCAAAUUAUAACCAUCUGGAAGGUGCCACUGGCCAACCAGAGUCAUGGACACAUCGAAGACUAUGAAGUGACCUGGACCAAGACCACAGAGAGAGAGCGACGAAAUAGGACCAAAGUGGCUCCCAACAAUUACAGUCUUGCCCUCAGUCUGGACACCACUGUCGAGCAUAUCGUCACAGUUACAGCUAGGAAUAUACACGGCAGUUCAUCCCCAUCAACCAUCACCAUCCCCAGCUCCAAUCCAGACAGAACCAGAGUGAACACUUCUUUGAUCAUUGGCAGCAACGGUAGCUUCAACCUGUCUUGGUCUGCCAGUCCAACUGCCAGCUGUGGCUACAUAGUAGAUUGGUGUCCUACCUUAGGAAAGUGCACUGUGGAGUGGCUGAAAGUGCCUCCCAAUCAGACUAAUGCCAGUAUAUUUUCAAAAAACUUCAAAGAUGGACUGAGAUACACUUUGUCAGUAUAUGCCUGCACCCAGGGAGCUCCAGUGCUACUACAAAGAAGUGAGGGCUAUGUCGGAGAGAAAAAAAUACAAGACGGCCUGUUUAAAUCAUUCAAGGGGCAACAGCAGAAUUGGGAUUACGAGUUAUCCUGGGAGCCUAUAUCUCUAAGAGAGCAGACUGCUUUAAUCCAAGGCUAUGUCCUGUAUUUGGACGACAACAAGAAAGUCAACUUCAGCACAGACAAUCCUGAGGCCACUAGCCUGACAGCAAGAAACCUUAAAAUCGGUUCCUACAAAUUCACAGUAAAGGCACGGACAGCAGUUGGAGAAUGUGGCGCUACAUCCAUCACUGCCACCUUGAAUUCACUGACUGAUGACUUGAUCAAGACAGUCUUCAUUUCCCUGGCCACUGUUCUUGGUCUCCUUUCCCUCAUCACUAUUGUUUGCUACAGACACUGGACAUGUAUCAAAGAGACGGUCUAUCCUCCAAUCCCAAAGCCAGUGUUGACAUCAACGGGUGAACAUGGAUGUCGUCAUUUUCAGGUGGAUCAGUGUCACUAUAGUGAAGCAGAUAUCAUGGAUGUCCCGGAACUGUAUUGUAGUGCAGGAGCACCAAUAAAUGGUUUGGUCAGCCAGGAGAACAUGCCAUUUGUUUUUUCACAAACUCCAAAGGGUUACUACAACCAGCCCCUGAAAAAGUACAUCCCACCACCCCUCACUUUACCAUCUAUGGCCAUCCCAUCUCAGUCAGGGUUACCAUCUUCUUCAUUUAGAAGUGAAUUUCCUAAUCUGUCAUACAAUCUGAUAAUGCAGCCUGGGAAUCAGCAGUCCAACUUAUGUCCUGAGCUUCAGGAGGGAACAUCUUUAGAGAGAAGCUCCGAUGGAUACCAGCCUCAUGAUCAAACGGAAACCUUGACUACAAACCAGACAGAAGAAGAUCCAGACAGUCCUAUGUCCUGUGUCUCCACUUACAUAUUGUUACCACAGUCAUCUUCCAGAUAGCUUCUGCAUACAAUGCCGGUAUGGUAAGUUAUAAGUAGGGUAGCCAGAAAACAGAAAUUUAGCACGGAUUUAGUGUAACACGUAAUUUUUAUUAUGUGUAUGCAUUUACACAGUUCAAUGUUUUUUUUAAGCAUAGUUUUAGCAAUCUCUAAGAAUGGAAAUUUCUGUAUGUCCAGCACUCAGGUCUAUACUGAAAUAGCUCAACAACUAGUGGGUGGAUUGCUAUGAAAUUCGUAACAGACAUUCAAGGUCCCUUGUCGCUAAAUCCUACUGACUUAGGUGAUCCCUUCACCCCUCAUGUAGAGCCACCAUGAGGUAGACGUUGUUGGUUUUCAUUGAAAAAUGUCGACAACUAUUGUAUGGAUUGCCAUGAAAUUUGUUACGGACAUUCAUGAUCCCAGAGAACGAGUUAUAACAACUUUGAUUACUUUUUAUCUAGCGCCAUCAUCAGGUAACAAUUUCUAUUUCUCCAGUACUUUGCUUUAUGACGAAAUACCUGCAAAACUGUUGACAUUCCCAUCAGCCUCAGCUGUACUUUGUGUUUAGUGC